GCCGGUGGAGGAAAACUAGACGUGCGUGACGUUGUAGCAGGAAAUGCUAAUGAAAAACUUUGUAAGACAACACUACACCAAACUCAAUACUCAAACUAAUCAUUUAAUGUCAAAAAACAAAACAAAACUACAAUUUAUUCAGCAGUGACGGCAAAACAUUUGGUGACGGCGAGAUGGUGAAAUUCUAUUCAGCUCUUCAGGGGUCAAGCAUUCAACAGCACCACUACAAAACGUAAGUCUCCAGCCGCUGCAGCGCCAUGCCUGGCCGAAAGAAAGUCCCCAGGUGCUGCAGUGCCACGCUUGGCCGAGGGCAAGUCUUCACCUGGACCGGCGCUCCAGGAUGAGGCCAGGUCGCUUCCUGUUCUGCGAUUCUGGCCGGACUGUCUUCAGCUCUGGCUUUGCGGACCUUGCUGACCCAGCUGUCUCCAACUCCGGCGUCGCAAACCAUCCACAGUUUACAAGCGCCUGUCGUCGCCACUGGACGUGGGCCUGUCAUCUUUGUUCAUGCCUCCGUGGUGGGGGGCGUGCAAGUCAGGUGUCCCUCCGCCAUUCGUCUCUCCACCCACCCUUGACUUUUCAGAACUAUGCAACGUCUGGCAUCUGUUCUGUGGAGGGGGAUACUUUCAGCCUUGUUGCCUUAUCCUGCACUACUGUGAGUAUGCUUAUCUUAACUUUUAAUUGCACAUUGCACAAUACAAGUGUCUGUCUCUUCAUACUGGGUGCCAAGCAUUCAACAACACCGCCACAAAACGUAAUAUUAUUGAGGGAAUAAAAAAAAAUCCAAACCUACAUGGCCCUGUGUGAAAAGGUGAUUGACCCUAAACCUAAUAACUGGUUGGUCCACCCUUAGCAGCAAGAACUGCAAUCAAGCAUUUGCCAUAACUUGCAAUGAGUCUCUUCCAGCGCUGUGGAGGAAUUUUGUCCCACUCACCUUUGCAGAAUUGCUGUAAUUCAGCCACAUUGGAGGGUUUUCCAGCAUGAAGCGCUUUUUUAAGGUCAUGCCACAACAUCUCAAUGGGAUUCAGCUCAGGACUUUGACUAGGCCACUCCAAAGUCUUCAUUUUGUUUUUCUUCAGCCAUUCAGAGGUGGACUUGCUGAUGUGUUUUGGAUCAUUGUCCAGCUGCAGAACCCAAGUUCGUUUCAGCCUGAUGACCCAAUAUUCUCCUUCAGGAGAUUUUUGGUAGACAGCAGAAUUCAUGGUUCCAUUUAUCACAACAAGUCUUCUAGGUCCUGAAGCAGAAAAACAGUCCAAGCCCAUCACUCUACCGCCACCAUACUUUGCUGUUGGUAUGAUGUUCUUUUUCUGAAAUGUGGUGCUACUUUUAACCAGACACACACCUUCCAAAAAGUUAAACUUUUGUCUUGUCAGACCACAGAGUAUUUUCCCAAAUGUCUUGGAGAUCAUCAAGAUCCUUUUCUGGCAAAAUUGAGACAAGCCUUAAUGUUCUUUUUGUUCAGUGGUUUUCGCCUUGGAACUCUGCCAUGCAGGCCAUUUUUGCCCAGUGUGGAGUCAUGAACAAUGACCUUAACUGAGGCAAGUGAGCCCUGCAUUUCUUUGGAUGUCGUUGUGGGGUCUUUUGUGACCUCUUGGAUGAGUCGUUGCUGCACUCGUGGGUAAUUUUGGUUGGCCAGCCACUCCUGGGAAGGUUCACCACUGUUCCAUGUUUUCGCCAUUUGUGGAUAAUGGCUCUCACUGUGGUUCGCUGGAGUCCCAAAGCUUUAGAAAUGGCUUUGUACCCUUUUCCAGGCUGAUCGAUCUCAAUUAAUCUCAUGUUUUAACGGGGGGGAAAUCACUCUUUCACACAGCGCCAUGUAGGUUUAGAUUUUUUUUCUUCUUUAAUAAUAAAAAGUUUCAUUUAAAAACUGCAUUUUGUGUUCAGUUGUGUUGUCAUUGACUAAUAUUUACAUUUCUUUGAUGAACAUUUGUGUGACAAACAUGCAAAAACAGAAAUCAGGAAGGGGACAAACACUUUAUCACACCACUGUAAACCCACCAAAUUUAAAGAGAAGUUUUGUUUUUUUUAAUAUAGAGGCCUCACUUGUCUAUAAGGCACAGGUGUCCAUGUUGGAACAUGGGACAUUUACACAGAAAGACACACAGUAAACCUUGCAAUCCUACAUACACUCGGUCUUCUCAGCAUCACUCAUUAGUUCCAGUGAGUGAGGUGCUUAUUUUCGUCGGAGUUCAACAGCUGCCGCGGUCCAAGCAGUAGCUGUAGUAAUUCUACACUUGAUCAAAUGUACUUAAGAUUUGUCAGAUCAGAAUGCGAUCGCUGCAUAAGACUUCAAAUAUUAGCGUUCACUUCACAACUCCAGUUUACUAUUUCCUGAAUCUGCAAUCUAUGCAUCAUCGGACCUGCAGUUCUUAUCGCUAUAAAUUAGCCGCAUAAUUGUUCAAGCUGCAAGAUUCAAAGCAUGUGAAAAAAAUAACGGCUUAUAGUCUAAGGUCACUACCACACAAAAGAAAAAACUCAAAACCCAAAUAUCUACUUAGAAAGGAAGUACGAUUAAAAACUCUUAUUAUAAAUCGGUACAUUUAUUUACUACCAAAGACAAAAUAAAAUAAAUACCCGUGGAGAUUUGUGGGGACACGAGCCGGGCCGUGGGUCCGAAAAGGUUGUGGACCACAGGGCUAAACAAAUCUCAGACAUUCAGACCAAAACAUACCACAAGACAUUUUUUUUCCAGUGUUGAUUUGAUAGACAAAUAGCUGAUGCAAUUCCCCUUUGUUGUGAUGCUUUGCCACAGAGGCACAGACAUACACAGUGUAAACAUGAUGAUUAAACCUCAGGGUCAUUCGUCCACUAUCCCCAUGACACCAAUCUACUGUCAGUGUAUGGCACUGGGACCACAUGUCCCCUUGUGGAGCACAUAUACAAACAUGUGUCCAAAGUCCCUCCACACAUCAUGGUGACAACAGACAAUUUGUCCAGAAAAACAGGAAAGCUAAGUUCCUAUGGGGAAUGAUGUCUGAAAACAAACCUAAAGGAAAAAGUACAAACACAAAGGAGGGCAAAGGCAGGCUACUAAUAAAAAGGAAGCAAUAAAAAAACUCUUAAUACUCAACAACAGGGACCAAAGUAGAACUACAAGUAAGUAAGACAAGGAAAGCAGGCGCAACAAGGUGGACCGGGGAGGCAAGGGUCAAGUAAAAGUCCGCUAUCCACUGUCAGAAGGCCUGAACGCAGUCGGGUGGAGUAUCAUUCAUUCAUUCAUUCAUUCAUUCAAGAUGAAUGUAGCAGGAAAAGCAAAAGACAUGAGCAUGACACUUUCAGUCAAAUUCCCCCAUAUAAAAAUAUUUACAAUACCAUUGCACCUCGGUUUUCAUUGUGAAUCCGUUCCAAACUGUCAGUGGAAAACUGAUUCAUAUGAAGGAUCGAUUUUUCCCAGUGAAUUCGUUCCAAACACCCAAAAACACAUUUUAUCGAGAAUAAUUGUAGUUUUGCAUUCAGAAUGCAAACUAGAUAUUAAUGGCAAAUGAAAUUGAUAAAUGAACAUUUAGCAUCACUUUUACCUUGACUGAAGACUUGUUGGCAAAGACGGUGAUGAGCGCCGAGGGAGGAGGGGAAGGCAUAGCUACACGGGCACCACUUUUGUGUUUUGCUUCGACUUCUUUCUUGAAUUCAAUAGUGUUCCUCACCUUUCUUAUCAAGGUGCUGCCACUUGCAACUUUCUUUGACCUCAUGGUGGGUUAUUUUGAAGCUGUACUUAAAAAAAAAACAAAAAAAAACAGAAACACGUUAACACCACAGUUCAGUUAGCAAAGAACGACAGUCCACAGUCCGGAGGGGCGACAAAGCUGGGGGACAAUGACUUCCACACAGUUGGACGCAGUGCAUUUAAAACAAGACAAGACUGAACCAACAUGUGGAAUUCUUUGUUUGGGAGUUCAUUUCCGUGGAAUGAAACGCGAGCAAAUGGACUAGCUUGUUAGACACAAUGUUUGAGCGUAUGAUAACCAAGACAUAUUUUUAGCAAUAAUCUUUGUCGAAAACCGUAGGUAUUACUGUAUAUCUGAACAACCAAAAACACCGAUACACUCCUGAACAAAAUUUUAAGGCCAGGCCAGUUGAAAAAUUGCAAGAAUUUACAUUCUUUCAGAGGUUCUAAGUAUAGCUUCAAAAUGCAAAAAGAACAAAUGGGAAUGAGACAAAACAAAUGCAAACAAGCAUUGAAGUGAAAUAGGCUGCUCAUCAACUGAUCAAAAGUUGAAUCCCACAGGCUUUGGGAGCCAAAACCUUGGCACAAAUGUGGAUUCCGUCAUUUUCUGUCAGGUAUUCACACUGUCAUGAUCUCCUGAUGGCAAAGGCAAAAAAGCUUUCUCUCUUUGAACGCGGUCGGAAUGCUGAGCUGCAUAAGCAACAGUCCCCAAAGCGCACCAUUGCUGCUGAGGUCGGGCGCAGUAGGCCAAGCGCCAGACCCAAAACAAUUUCACUUGCACUGUGCUGGAGGAUACAAUUGGCUUUCCGUAAAGACACGGGACGAUCCUUGACCCAAAUGAAGGUUGUUACUGGUGCAGAGUGCAGUCCAGUAACCGUCAGACAGCAUCUGCGAGAGAGGGAUUUGAAUAGGCCUGUCACGAUCAUUUUGCCGGCCUCGAUAAAUUCACAUGUCCAUGCAUGCGUGUUUGUUUUCCUCGGCUCUCUUUACCACACAGGCUGGAUGACAAGAGGGUUCACUCUGCAUCUGUCUGUGUGCGUUGGCGCUAAAGAGAGUGAACCCUCCUCUCACAUUGUGCCUCUUUGUCCUAGUAUGUGGAGGCAAGACUACACGUGAGUGGAUACUCAGAAUGCUAGCAGCAAGUUAGCCUCUUGAGCGAGCAUACGCUAACACAAAUAAAGGCACAAAUGGGAUGGUUUCUAAGGCGAAUGCCGCAGCCCCAGUGUGGGAAUAUUUUAAACAGAAUGAACAACGUGAACGCAUGAACACUAAUGAAUCGAUAUGUCGUAUUUGUUCGAAAGUAGUGAAGAGGAAGAAGACCAAUUUGACCAACCUGUAUCCACACCUCAAACAACCAUCCUGUUCAAUUUUCCCAAGUAGGGAAAAAAAUACCGCUGGAGGUGCAGCGGAGCAAAAAAUUUGGUCACUAAUAUCGAUUAUCAACAAUAAUUUGUAGGACAAUUAAAAUUAGUUAUCGUGACAGGCCUAGAUUUUAAGAACAAAAACCAUCUUCAAAGGCCUCGUCUCCUUCAACGCCACAAGAUUGCCUGUUUGAAAUUUGCACGAGAGCGCCAAACAUGGGACAUUGAAAGGUGGAAGAAAGUUUUAUUGUCUGAUGAGAAAAAAUGGAACCUUGACGGUCCUGACGGCUUUCAACGUUACUGGCAUGACAAGGAGAUCCCACCUGAGAUGUUUUACCCACGGCACAGUGGAGGGGGCACCAUCAUAAUCUGGGAUCGUGCUUUUUUCCUUAAAUGGAACAACAGUGUUUCAGGUUGUGCGGGGGCGUCAAAUGGUGGAUGGCUAUGUGGAGAUGUUGUAGGGGGCAUCCCUCAUGACUGAAGACUCGAUUGUGUGGUAAUUGCUGGACGAGUAAUUUGCCACUGCUGACAUUGCCGCAGUGAUUGACAGCACGCAGUAGGUGCAGGUGUGGAAGUCCAGACAUGAAUUGGGAGCAAGUCAAAGAAAAAGUAAAAACAAGAGGAGGCUCGUGCUUCACUUAAAGGAAAAACUUUGUCCCACAGCGUUGACGCCACAUAAGAGUCUGCGUAGAGCCCCUGCGUAUUGAUACUACCGAUGUUUGCAUCUGGAAAUGAGUAUGAAAGUAAUGGCAAGAUGAUGAUGACGUUGACAUUGGCUGAAGUCUCCAGAGUGUGCGUGUGUGUGUUUAAAGCCGAGCGCAGCCGUAAUGGAGAGCAACACCACACCACCCCACGGCGACAUGAAGACCACUUGUUGUUGUAGCUUGGUAAGUCCGCACUAACUGCCUCACAUAUCCUGUACUCUUCAAUGACUCACAUUUUCCUUUUCACAGAUGCUGUCCGAUUACAGCCCGGCUUUCCUUUCAUAUUAGGAAAGGAAGGUAGGUAAAAAAGACAACAACAAGGGUUUAUUGCAGCUGGGAUGGAAAACGUAACACUGUCUUUGUACUUCAACCUGACCAUGUUUGUGAACAUCGGCCCGUAUCGCUACCCAGCGUUUGCCUUGUGCCUGCUGCUCUACGGCUUCAUCGUCUGCGCCAACCUGGCCAUCAUACUGGUGAUAAGUCGAGAGAAGAGCCUCCACGAGCCCAUGUACAUAUUUAUCGCGUGUUUAUCCUUCAACGCUUUGUACGGCUCCACUGGCUUCUUCCCCCGACUCCUGGUGGACCUGGCGUCAGACCAUCACUUAAUCUCACGCAUGGCUUGUUUCACCCAGAUCUACUUCAUUUACACGUACGCCGCCAACGAAAUGACCACGCUCAGCAUCAUGGCAUACGACCGCUACGUGGCCGUGUGCCACCCGUUGCACUACCACGCAAAGAUGACCGCCGCAAAGGCGUUGGCGUUGGCUGCGCUGGCGUGGCUUUUCCCCGCUUUUAUCCUCACCGUGUGCAUUUACCUGUCCGCCUCGCUGCCUCUCUGCGGCAACGAGAUCCAAAAAGUGUUUUGCGCCAACUGGAACGUGGUGAAGUUGUCAUGCAUCCCGACGCUCAUCAACAAUAUCGUCGGCAUGUUUCUCACCAUAACCACGGCUUUUGUUCCUCUGGUCUACGUGCUGUACACGUACACGCGGAUCGCGAAAGCCUGCUGGAGACGCUCGGCGGAAUUUAAAGUCAAAGUAUUUCAGAGCUGUUUGUCACACGUUGUCACGUUUGUCAUUUUUUCCAUCACAGCGUUUUGCGACAUCGCCCUCAGCAGAUAUAACCUGGAAGAGAUGAACCCAUUCGUGGCCGUCAUUUUAUCCCUGGAGUUUGUUGUUAUUCCUCCCUUUCUCAACCCUCUUGUGUAUGGAAUGAAGCUACCAGAGGUACGCAGACACAUUUUGAAGAUGCUGUGAUUUAGGGCGGAAUUCUACGCAAGAUAACGAGUAAUGCAAGAGAAGCAGAGGAGCUCUUAUUUUCACUGUCGCAGCAGGGCGGUGCUGAGGGUAGUUCCUCAUAUGGCUUGCAGGGGGAGGCCUCGUUUGAUGGUGAAUGUAUUUGAUUGAGUUAGGUGCUGCAACUAACAGUUUCUGUUUUUAGUCGAUUCAUCUGAAGCUUGUUGUUCUGACUAGUCAAGUAAUCGGUUCGGCCCCAGACCAGGGGUGUCCAAACUUGUUCCACCGAAGGCCACAGACUGAAAAAUGAAAGCAUGCAAGGGCCUCUUUGAUAUUUUGUAAACGAAGCUAAGACGGAAAACCUGCAUCUCAGCUUUGUGAUAUAGGCGAAUAAGUCGUAUUAUUAGGAGGAACUUGGCUCUUUGCUCUUUUCCCCCCCCCUAUUUUUGGUGUUUUUUUUUUUUUUUUUUUUUUAAUUUUCCAAAUAUUUUAACUUUCUUCUGAAGUCAUCUUUGCAGAUAGACACUUUAUUCAUCUCCAAGAGAAAUUCACAUUUCUCUGCAAAAAUGUCACAAUGAACUUAAUCACUUAAAUCACAAAAUAAAAUGAAACAACCCAGGCGAGACAAGAAAAAUAAGACAUAGAAUAACAAUAAAUAGACAAAUAAAUAAAUAUGGGACAGAUCACGUCAAAUUUGCAGUGCGAUAAUACAUAAUGAAUAAUAUUAAUACAUCAUAAUAGUAAUACGUCAAAAUUGAGUAAGUCCAGUCCUGUGUGUGUUUUUAUCGCUCCCCCUCUGCUGUGUUGAAAAGCCGCAUGGUGCGGUGGGGGGGGGGAUCAUCUGCUCUUGUACAUUUUCUUCUCGUGAUAUUAUGACAUUAUUCCCAUAAUAUUGGCACCUUUCCCCCAACCUAAUCCAAAAGUACUUUAUUAAUUAACUUUAUUUUGCUUUGUUUCUCAUAAUAUUACAACUUUUAAUAAAUAAUGUAUAUUUCUUUAAUAUUUCAACUUUGUGCUAUUUAAAU